AUGGACAUGGCCCCGACGGAGAAGAACGUGAUGCCCGCCGAGCAAGCCGUUGGCUAUGAUGGCUGGGGCGACACCACCAGCGACGUGCGCGACAUGCAGCGCCUGGGGAAGAAGCAGGAGUUCCAGCGGAACUUCGGCUUUCUCUCGACUCUCGGAUUCGUCUCCAUCUACAUGGCCACCUGGGAGUUCGUCCUAGUCUCUCUCUCCGCCGGCUUCAUCAACGGAGGCUUUGCCGGCCUCUUCUGGACCUUCAUCGGCACCGUCAUCUGCUACGCCACCAUUGUCGCCUCGCUGGCCGAGAUGGAGAGCAUGGCCCCGACCAGCGGCGGCCAGUAUCAUUGGGUCUCCGAGUUCGCCCCCGCCCAGCACCAGAAGUUCCUGAGCUACGCCGCCGGCUGGAUGUCGACGCUGGGAUGGCUGGCGAGCUUCGCCUCCAGCUGCUUCGUCGUCACCACACUCAUCGACAUCUGCGCCGAGGUCAUCGACCCAGACUUUGCCUUCACCAACUGGCAGGCAACCCUCCUCAUGCUCGCCUUCAUCGUCAUCACCAUCUUCUUCAACACCAUCGGCGCCGCUUCGCUGCCCAUGCUGGAGACGGCCUCUCUGUUUGCCCAUGUGCUCGGCUUCUUCGUCGUCGUCGUAGUGUGCUGGGCCAUGUGCCGCCCCUUGAACCCGGCCAGUGACGUCUUCUUCACCUUCGUGAACAGCGGCGGAUGGAGCAACGUGGGAACCGCCUGCCUGAUCAGCCAAGUCACCGUCAUGUACUGCAACCUGGGAUCCGACAGCAUUGUCCACAUCUCUGAAGAAGUCGAGGAUGCGUCUUGGAUCGUCCCCCGCGCCAUGUGGUGGUCCUAUGUCAUCAACGUCCUACUCGGCAUCGUCAUGCUCAUCACCAUGCUUUUCUGCAUCGGUCCGCUCGAGGCCACGCUGGAAGCCGAUGCCCCCUACCUGAACCUCUUUGUCAACACGGGCUCGACCGGCGUUGCCCUGUUCCUGACCAUCCUCCUCCUGCUGCUCAUCUUCGCCGGCAACAUCACCACCCUGGCCACCGUCUCGCGAGAGCUGUGGGCUUUCUCAAGGGACAAGGGAUUCCCCUGCUCGGCCUGGAUUUCGCAUAUGAACCGCAAGUACGACAUCCCCUUCAACUCGGUCUACCUCUCCUCGGUUGGCGCCGGCGUCCUGUGUUUGGUGAACCUCGGCUCCACCCUCGCCUUCAACAUCAUCGUCUCGCUCUCCCUCCUCGCCCUGCUUUCGACAUACAUGCUGUCCAUCGGCUGUGUCCUGCUCCGCCGCAUCAGGGGCGACGAGCUCCCGCCCGCGCGUUGGAGCCUCGGCCGGCUCGGCCUCCCCGUCAACGCCUUCGCCUUCUGCUACUCGCUGUUCGUCAUCGUCUUCAGCUGCUUCCCGACCUCGACGCCGGUGACGACGGCCGACGCCAACUGGGCCCCGGCCAUCUGGGCCGGCGUCAUCGCCAUCAGCGCCGGCACCUACGUCGUGCACGGGAAGCAGCAUUUCACCCCGCCCGUCAUCUUCGUCGAAGGCAGGCGGACGGCGGGGGUUGGGAUCCAAGCAAGUUCGUAG